AUGAGUGUUUUUCAGAAACUAAGAAACAGACGGACAGAGGAAACGCUCUCAGAAGCCAUCCUGAGGCCCAACGAGGAGCCAGACACCCUCCUUUCGGAGCCGGAGAAAAACAAGGAAGCCCGCGAGUUCGUUGACGGCUCGAGCGAAAUCAGCUCCGACGCCCCAGAAGGCUUGCAGGCCAUCGAGGCCGCCACCAUGGUCUGGCCGAAAUGGGCCGUGUACACCACCUACGCGUGGAUCUGGGUGUGUUUCUUCAUGCUGGCGUUGCAACAGACCAUCGGAACCACCAUGAUGCCGUAUGCGUACGCGGAUUUCUCCAAAGCUCCCGAAAUCAGCACCGCGGGAAUCCUGGCAACCAUCGUGGGCGGCGUGCUGAAGCUGCCUAUCGGUAAGACCCUGAACAUCUGGGGCCGUGCCGAGGGCUUUGUUGUGUUUGUGUGUGUCUACCUGCUGGGUCUGGUUAUUCUUGCUGCGUGCAACAACGCGCACGCGUACGCUGCCGGUUAUGUGCUGUACUGGAUCGGUUAUGACGCCAUCUACCUGAUCUUGGACGUGUUUCUUGCCGACACCUGCGGUCUCAGAAACAGAGCGUUUGCGUUUGCGUUUGCGUCUACUCCGUUCAUCUGCACCGCUUUCACCGGCCCGCUGGCCGCCGAGUCGAUCCUCGAUGUUGCAACCUGGAGAUGGGGCUACGGGAUCUUUGCCAUUGUGAUGCCGUGCGUGUUCUUCCCUCUCGCAUUCGUGUUCAAAUUCUACCAGCUGAAGGCCAUCAAGAUGGGCGUUUUGAAGAAACGCAACUCCGGAAGAACUAGAUGGCAGUCCACGGUGCACUACUUCCACGAGUUCGACAUUGUGGGAGCACUCAUUCUCAUGGCUGCCUUCACCCUGUUUCUGCUUCCAUUCUCGCUCCAGACCUACGGUAGGGCCACCUACAAGUCGGCCACGUUCAUUGCCAUGAUCAUUAUCGGCGUGCUGCUGUUCCCUGUGUUUGCCAUCUGGGAGAAAUGGUUUGCCAAGACGCACUUCAUCAGAUACGAGUUGUUCAGAAACAGGACUAUCUUGGGCUCCUGUGUGCUCGCUGCGCUCAGCAACUUCAGUUUCUACUGCUGGGACCUCUACUACUACAGUUUCAUCAUUGUGGUUUAUAACUUGAGCGUCAAGAACGCCGGUUAUAUGACCGAGAUCUACAACGUCGGCUCGUGCUUCUGGUCGCCACUCUUUGGAAUCUACGUGCGUAUCACCAAACACUUCAAAUACGCCUGUUUGUGCUUCGGUCUGCCGCUGCUGUUCCUCGGCGGCGGUCUUAUGAUCCGCUUCCGGGGCCAGGACUCCAACAUCGGCUACAUCGUCAUGUGCCAGAUUUUCAUCGCUUUCGGCGGUGGCAUGUGCGUUAUCGGCCGCGACAUGGCAGUGAUGUCCGCCUCAGACCAGGAGGGCGUGCCAAUGAUGCUCUCGAUCCUGUCUCUGUUUGGCUCUGUGGGUGGAUCCAUCGGCUAUGCUGUCGCUGCUGCCAUCUACGACAACACUUUCUACGACGCUCUGGUCAAGAAGUUGCCUGCCUCUGAGGUUUCCAACGCGCUCACAAUCUACAUGGGCGGCGUCAGCACCCAGAUGUCGUAUCCUGUUGGCUCCGAAGUCAGAGACGCCAUCAACUACGCCUGGGGACAGAGCCAGAGAAACGGUGCCAUUGCCGCCACCUGUAUUCUUGUGCUGGGCUUCCCAUCGAUCGCCAUCUGGAAGAACUACAACGUGGACGUCAAGAAAAACAAGGGAAAUGUUUUGUAA